UACAUGGUAAUGAAAACACACACACACACACACACCUCCAUUUAUGGUAUUAUAUAUAUAACUUAGUUCAAACUUCAAAAUAUUAUUUGUUAUUCGCAACUUUGUAUGAGAUUUUACCAUGGAGAGGGGCAACAUGAAGAAACCAGAAAGGAAAGUAACAGAAAAGAUCAGAAGGAACCAAAUGAAGUUUCUCUAUUCCCGUCUCUUCUCUCUCAUCCCUCUUCAUCUCAUCUCCAAGGGAGGUGACCAAGUGUCGGAUCGAGUGGAUCGAACGAUUGAGUACAUUCAAAGCUUGAAAUCGAGCUUGGAGAUGAGCCAGAUCAGGAAGGAACAGUUGUCGAGUACAAAGAAGAGAUCAUACGAGAGCACGAAUAGCAACAAAUCCAAAUCAAUUGAUAUUCAGAUCCACGAAAUGAGUCCAGAUCUUGAUGUUGUUUUGAUAACUGGAUUGAAUACUCAAUCGGAUUUUUAUGACGUUGUCCGGUUACUUGAUCAGUAUAGCAGUGAGGUAGCCCUCGCAAAUUUUUCGAGCUCCGGCCAUUCUACCUUCCAUGUCCGCCACAAAAAGAUUGAAACAGAGGAAAUGUCUCAGAGACUCAUGAUUUUACUCCAAGGAUACUCGAACGUAAAGGAAUCGGGGAAUGACCAAGGAUUCUCGAACGAACUGGAAUUGGGGAAUGAUUAUGCAUCAUCUUGCGAUCAAUUUGAAUCGAAUCUGAAUAUAUGGGAUUUUGAUUUCCAAUCGAAUGUAUGGGGAUGGGAAUUAGAGGGAUUGCCAAUGAGUAUCACAAGUUAA